GAUAGUGAGGUCAGGGCCGACAGUAGACCGCCAACGCUACAGUUCCUUCACGGAGAAAAUUCCCACCAUGCAAUAAAACUCUCAAGUAGUGGUGUACCUCUUCAUCUCAUGACUCCUGUUCCUGCUAUGAAUUUCAAUAAUUGAAUAUGCCAAUUUUUGUUGCUUAACAUUGCAACACACAAGAGGUUUCUAUUAAGCUGUGCUGUAACUAGAAAAAAAAAUAUCCCAUCACAAAAGGGAGGAAAAAAUUUUUUUGGAAUUAUGUUGUGAAUUACACCGGAGUGCAUUUUGUGAACACAUGCUUGUGCGGUCGGUUGUAAGAAUCGGGGCUGGUGAGAGGGACAGUGGAAUUCUGGGAUUGUACCAAGCGAUGUCGGACUCCGAACAGGAAGGAGGAUGUGUGAAGAAAUCGCGGUUGUCCAGUUAUAGUGACGGGGAAGUCGGCGUAAGAACAAUGAAUGGGCAGGUCCAGAAAUCUGAGCCCGACCCAGACGCCAUCAAAAUGUUUGUAGGUCAGAUUCCAAGGUCGAUGGAUGAAAAUGAUCUCCGCAAAAUGUUUGAAGAGUUUGGUGCAGUGUAUCAGCUAAAUGUUCUACGCGACAAAGCCACAGGACAAAGUAAAGGUUGCUGUUUUGUCACAUUUUACACAAGGAAAGCAGCACUAGAUGCUCAGAAUGCAUUACACAAUAUCAAAACAAUGAGUGGGAUGCACCAUCCCAUUCAGAUGAAACCCGCAGACAGCGAGAAGAGGAAUGAGGAAAGGAAGUUAUUUGUUGGGAUGAUUUCCAAGAAGUGCUCAGAGAGUGAUGUCAAAAUGAUGUUUGCUCCCUUUGGUUCAAUAGAGGACUGUACAAUACUGAGGGAUCAGAACGGACAAAGUCGAGGAUGUGCUUUUGUGACGUAUGCCAAUAGACAGUCCGCUCUGAAUGCCAUAAAGAACAUGCAUCACUCACAGACCAUGGAGGGUUGUUCAUCACCUAUUGUUGUGAAGUUUGCAGAUACACAGAAAGAAAAGGAAGCGAAAAAAAUUCAACAAAUAAAUCAAAAUCUCUGGAACAUAUCAGCAGGGGGUGUGGCUGGCUUCUCCCCCCAAUAUAUCACAUUGUUACAACAGGCAGCAAUGGCUGGAAAUCUGGGACUCCUCAACACAGGAAAUCUAGCGUCGGCCACCAGCGGUACUAACCCUCUCGCUGUUCAGCAGUUACUGUUGGCAGCAGCAAAUGCGGCAGCAUCCGGAAAUAAUACAGGGCUUCUAGCGGCCCUCGCCGCGCUCCAAACCAACAACAACGGGGGGAAUAUGUCAUCUCCCUGUCAUACGCCAACCAGUGCUAGUAAUUCCGGUGGAUCAGGUGAACCAACAUUACCCCUCCAGAACUUGCAGGGUCUGGCCGCUCUCACCUCCGCCACGGGAAACCCAGCAGCAGGUGGUAUUGGUGCUUUGGGAAUGCAGAGCAUAGCAGCGUUAAAUCAAAUAGCGGGAGUGACGAACUCCACCUCAGCUUCAGCUUUUGCUCCAAAGGGAGGACCCCCAGGGUCAGUCACGGGCACCUCUCCCACUAACUCACUGAGCGGCCUGGCCAGUCUACAGACUCUCGGUAACAAUAACUUUGCCUCGGUGUCCCCGGGGGUCACGUCUAAUGGACUGGGGGGUUCUUCGGCCCCAGCGGGGAUGGAUGCUCUAAGCCAGGCCUAUACGGGGAUCCAGCAAUACGCAGGGAGAUGUUGUUAUCCCAGGGCUGAAGGGAGGUGUUAUUGCCCUUUAUUAGGAGGGAGAUGUUACUGGGCCCCAUUAGGACGUCAAUGCUUUUCUUCAUUCCCAAAUGCAUUCAACACUCAAGCAGCUCAACAAAUACAACAGGCUCAGGCCAACUCGCCAGCGGGGAAACAGACCGAGGGUCCAGAUGGUGCUAACUUGUUUAUUUACCACCUCCCCCAAGAGUUCAGUGAUCAGGACUUAAUGCAGACAUUCUUGCCUUUUGGAACCGUAAUAUCGGCCAAAGUCUUCAUAGAUAAACAGACGAACCUCAGUAAAUGUUUUGGAUUUGUGAGCUAUGACAAUGCUUUGUCGGCCCAGGCAGCCAUACAAGCGAUGAACGGCUUUCAGAUCGGAAUGAAACGACUUAAAGUUCAGCUAAAGCGACCGAAGAGUGACAGCAAACCUUACUAGAGAGGCACACUGUGAUUUUGACGUCUGACUGUCUCCACGUGGCGUUUCUACAUGUUUCCUUUUUGUCGCUCGUUGUGUGCCCGGAGCUUUGUGUCGGCAGGAGUUACUUCCCUUGGCCUCAACCACAGGGACUUGUCAUUAUUUUGUAUAUUGCCACAGGGAGUUUUCAUUAUUUUGUAUAUUGCCUGGUGUGGCCUGUUCAAAAACAGGAAGCUAUAAUUUUUUUUUAUUUUUUUUUUUUUCUGAUUUUGUUUUUGUUGACUCAAAUAGUAAUGUGCUUCAUUUUAAUCAGGAUUGUAUACCAAAGAUACAUUUAUUUUUUGUAUGUAAUCAAAAUAAGGAAAGCUGAUGAAUUUUAUUUUGUUUCCAUGACAAUUGUACAUAGUUGGGCUGGGAAUGUGGUGCCAGCUUGUUAGUGCUAUAUUUAGGUCAGUUGUUAGUGUUUAUUGCCGCGCAUUGUAAAUGCUAGGACAAGAUAUGCCUCAAUUAUCAGCUGAUGUAUGCCCCCCGCUAGUCAAUCAUGAUACUCCAUGCGACCUGUACUGCAAACCAACCCACCCCCCACCCCUCACCCCUCCCAAACAGAGUGUUCAGUUUAAGGAUAUCAAAAAUCAUAAGGGGGAAAAUUUUAGGCAAUUAUUAUGCACCUUGCUGUUCUUACAUUAUUUGGCAAAAUUAAAUAUAAAAACAAAACAUUGUAGUCUCCAAACAUUGAAUAUUUCUGAUUUUAUAUGGAGAUUUGGCUAUUCCUAGAUUAUUUUCCUUUUUUGGGUGGUGGGUUAAAUGCUGAAAUUUAUCUUCUCAAAAACAUUGAAGAAAUUUGUCAGUAUGGUUGGUUUGAAGUACCGAGUAAGCAGAAAACAAUUAUGUAUUACUUUUUUGUUGCCAGUCUCUCUCAAUAAUUUCCUUCUUGUUAGAAGAGUUUUAACAGCUCAAUAAGUACAUUUUUUAAUAGAAUUUCUGAUUCCAUUGAGUCUGAGUUGAGAUCAACAUGAUGGUGUAGUAUACUUUUAUGUUUAAAGGUCAUUCCUAGAAAAUAUCCUCGGCACAUUUAAUGUUUUUAAUGUGAUUAAGCUUUAGAUACUUUACAUGAUAUUCUGAAUAACAUUACAAUAAAACCUU